CAGCCGGAUGUGUCGUCAAAACAGAAUUUCCGUUUCCGAUAUACGCAAUUUAGCCAAGAUAAUAUGAACUCCAUCAUAACAUGAUAUUGUGAAGAACUAUGAGGCAAUGGCGAGAAAUAUACUCUGUGUCCAACUGGAACAUACCGGAAGGCAACGUUGGCAGAAAGUGUUGUACAAGAGACAGCCAUUUCCUGAUAACUAUGUGGAUCAAAGUUUCUUAGAGAAGUUGCGCAAGAAUAUCCAUGCACGCAAGUAUCAGUACUGGGCAGUGGUGUUUGAAUCUGGAGUGGUGAUACAACAACUAUGUAGCGUCUGUGUCUUCGUUGUCAUCUGGUGGUACAUGGAUAUGGACCUGUUAGCUCCUCAGUGGCUAUUUGGAGCUGGCUUGAUUGCUUCCCUGAUUGGUUAUGUACUCUUUGAUGUCAUUGAUUCAGGAAUAGAAAGAAAUCAAAGUGGCCAGACACGAUGGGGAGAUCUGAAGAAUUCUGUGAUAUUUGUGGCAUUCACCUACGGCUUCUCUCCUGUCCUGAAGACCUUAACUGAGUCUGUCAGCACUGAUACAAUUUAUGCUAUGUCUGCCCUUAUGCUCCUAGGACAUCUGAUCUUUUAUGAUUAUGGGGCAAAUGCAGCGAUUGUGUCCAGUACACUGUCUCUCAACAUGGCCAUCUUUGCUUCAGUCUGCUUAGCCUCACGGUUGCCACGGUCCUUACAUGCCUUUGUCAUGGUGACAUUUGCUAUCCAGAUAUUUGCCUUAUGGCCUAUGCUACAGAAGAAGCUCAAAGCUCAAACCCCUCUUUGUUACAUGAUAGCUACCUUACUCUUUGCUUUAUCUGCCUUAAUGGGACUAUUAACCAUUUCCAGCGUUGGCACUGUUCUUUUUGCCCUCCUUUUGAUUGCCAUCUCAUGUCUGUGCCCUUACUGCCUCAUUAGGCUGCAACUCUUCAAAGACAAUAUCCAUGGGCCUUGGGAUGAAGCUGAAAUCAAGGAAGAUCUGUCCAAGUUUCUUAUGUAAACCAGGGAUCUACACUUUGGGGUUCAAUUCUUCCAAUUACCCUAGUCCCAGCGAAUAAAUGUUUAUUAACUGAAGCAAUUAAAACAAGCAAGAAUAAAAUACCUUUGAAAAUGCUUGAGAACAACUUAUUUAUAACGUAAUAUUGCCAAUAAAAGUUUUUUUUAUCAAGGAC